GCUGGGAAGUCCUGACAUGGCUAGUCCUCACGGAAUACCUGUCGACUUGUUGGACCGCUUGGUGAUUAUCCGAACUCAGACGUAUGGUCCUGAAGAGAUGAUAAAGAUUUUAGCAACCCGUGCACAGGUGGAGGAACUAGUUAUAGAGGAGGAGAGUUUGGCUUACUUGGGAGAGAUAGGCCAAAAAUCAUCUUUAAGGCAUGCUGUUCAGCUCUUGUCGCCUGCAAGCAUUGUGGCAAAAAUGAAUGGCAGAGACAACAUCUGCAAGGCGGAUCUCGAAGAAGUGGAUACACUAUAUCUGGAUGCGAACUCUUCAGCAAAGGUUCACCAAGAGCAGCUGGAAAAAUACAUUUCGUAAUCAACACUAACUGAGCAAUGUGUCCGGUUCCGUUCAUUUGAUUUUGAAGUAGUUUUAGUCGUUUGGUAUUCCCAUUUCCAACCAAACCUAAUGUAAAUGGUUUCACUUCUUAUUGACAAUUAUGGAAUGGAUCAAUCCAACUACCAAGUG